AUGCAGCAGCCGCCGCCACAGCCAGCGCCGCGCGCCGGCGCGGGCUCCGACGCAGACGUGGACCCCGGAGCCGGGCCCGGCCCGGCGGCCGACCCGCCGCUGCCCGACGACGACGACGGCUGCAGCCCCGAGGAGCGGGCCAUCUUCGCCGAGAACGUGCAGCGCCUCGCGCUCAGUCUGCAGGGCGCCGUGGUGACGGCUCUGCAGCAGGCGGCGGCCGCGCCCAACCAAGCGGCUGCGGCGGCGCUCAACCUGCACGCCAUCGAGUCCUACCUGGCGCUGCAGAGCCUCACGCAGAUCGUCGCCUCCAACACGAAGCAGGUGGCACCCCCGCCACCACCUCCGGCGGCCACCGUCCCGGCGCCGUCGCCUUCGCUGGCAUCUGGCACCUCCCACGGCCACCACGCGCACCAGCACCAACACCACCGACCCAAGAAGCAGUUCAUCUGCAAGUUUUGCUCGCGGCACUUCACCAAGUCGUACAACCUUCUCAUCCACGAGCGCACUCACACCGACGAGCGGCCCUACUCGUGUGACAUCUGCGGCAAGGCGUUCCGGAGGCAGGACCACCUCAGGGACCACAGGUACAUCCACAGCAAGGAGAAGCCGUUCAAGUGCGGGGAGUGCGGCAAGGGCUUCUGCCAGUCGCGCACGCUGGCCGUGCACAAGAUCCUGCACAUGGAGGAGUCGCCGCACAAGUGCCCCGUGUGCGCGCGCAGCUUCAACCAGCGCUCCAACCUCAAGACGCACCUGCUGACGCACACGGACAUCAAGCCGUACAACUGCUCGGCCUGCGGCAAGGUGUUCCGCCGCAACUGCGACCUGCGCCGGCACAGCCUGACGCACAACCUGGGCGCCGCGGCGGCCACCGUCGCCCCCUUUGGUGAAGUGCAUCCUCUGCCACUACUAUUAAACUCUAAUGGUGUCUGA